GCUGAUGAUAAGUCAUGUAUGCUGGCACUUUUCGAAGUGCCUUGGGGAGGAUGGGGACCACCAUGGAUUAUCGGUGAUGUUUUCAUUCGACAAUACUGCCAAAUAUACGAUAUCGGAAAGCAAAGAAUUGGUUUUGCCCCAUCGUUGCAACCGAAUUAAGUUGACUCCCGAAAUAUUCCUGCAACCAAUAUUCGCGAAUAAAAUAUGCUCUAUGUUAACUGCACACAAAUGCUUUGUAAAAACAAAAAAACAAUUAUUUCUAGUAAAGGUGGCAAAUUUGCGCAACACAACUGGGAGUGAAAGUCUAUUCAAUGUGACAGAACUGGCACUGAAUUCGUUACCAUGUGUUGAUUGUCAGACUCUGUUUUCAUCUGGAAUGUUGCUAAGUCCCCAAUAUCUCUUGAAACGCGUUCGCAGUUUCCGGCGCUGCUUAUAUUAA